AUGAACAAACAAAAAAGGAUACAUCAAGAUUUAAUUAGUUACUCGCCUGCUAACCGCAUGUUCCGAGGUACUUUAGAUACUGAAGGCACGGUUCUAGGUUAUGUUUCAGGAAUGAUUCGAUGUAGUUUUUUAUGGACACUACUAGGAACUAGAGUCCAAAUUAACUUAAAAUAA